AUGAUCCUUCUACUUCUGUUCCUAGCUGUUCAAGCUUUGUUGGCUUAUCCCAGUGCUGGUGAAUGGUCACCACAAAAGCCUCAAGGAUAUGAAAAUUCCCAAGUUGUCUCAGCCCCGUCAGCGCCAGGAACCUCCGCUGUUAAUCCAGCCAAAGGUUACGCAGGAGCAUCAAGCUGGUCUACUAGCUGGUCGUCUGGAUCAGGCAAACCUUCCACCUUAGGAUCAAGUAGUACUGCAAAUGCGCAAGCUUCUGCAUCUGCAGGGGGAUUUUCAGCAUCAGCAGGAUCUUCUUCGUCAGCGAACUCAGGAACGAAUGUGGGCUCUGCUUCAUCAUCCAAUUCGGGAAGUUAUUACGGUAAUUAUAGACCUAAUGCGUCAGGAGCUUCAUCAUGGUCAGGCGCAACAAGCUAUAACACCGGAAAUUAUAAGCCUAUAGCUUCAGGUAGUACAGGGUCAACGGCCUCUUCAAGUUCGGGAAAUUAUUACAAUGGAUAUUUCAAGCCUACUUCAUCCAAUGCAGGUGCUUCAGCAGGGUCCUCAGGAUCAGGAAACUAUUACAGUGCCUACAAUAAACCAGUAAUAUCGACCGGUGUGGGGAAUAAUAUAGGAGCAUCUACUACAUUGGGAAAUUACUAUAAUCGCCCACGACCGACAGUUUCAGGAAGUGCAGGAUCAUCUUCUUCGACUUCAGGAAACUAUUACACUGGACACUAUAAGCCUACUUCGGCCAAUACAGGAUCAUCAGCAGUGACCUCAGGAUCUGGAAACUAUUAUAGUGGCUACAAUAAACCAAUGACAUCGGCUAACGGAGGGAACAACAUAGGAACGAGUUCAUCGGUAGGAACAGUCUACGUUAAUGGCAAACCCUUUACAGCAGGUACAAGCCCUGGAGAAAUGGGUGGAAUUUCAAGUAGCGCAAAUGCAGGUAGUAUGUCUGGUAUGGGUGCAGGAAUUGGAUCUCAAGUUGGAGCAGUGAAUGUAUUUCCUGGAUCCGGAAUAGUGUCUGGUCUAACAUCAGGUUCUAAUAAUCAAAUCGGAAGUACAUCAGUUACCACUAUCCCAACUAACACAGGAAUACAUGGCUCUGGAUCGCAAUUAGGUUCGGGAACUACUUCUGGAUCAGCAACUAGCACCUUUACAAAUGUAGGGAGCCAAGCAAGUAAUCUGACAGGAGGUGGAGCUCCAUGGUGGGCAUCAGGUGUAUUUGGAACUGGCUCAUCUGGAACAACUUCGGGAUCAGGGUCUGGUUCUGGAAUAGGUGCUAGUGCAGGGUCGGCUUCAGGUACUGUUGGAGUUUCAAAUAUUAAUACAGGAGUGUUGGGAACAAACUAUGCAUCCUCUAGUGGCAGUUCAGCAGGCACAACGAACAAUAUUCCUGGAUCAAUACACUCAACAGACUCAAAUACUGGUUCCAACAAUAUGCCUACUCUUAUCGGAGGAGGUAACGUUGUCAAUCCUGGAACUUUAGACACUAAUAGUACUAAUGGUUCAGUGAGUGCACCCUGGUGGCUGUCAGGAGGAUUAUACAGCAAUAGACCUACAGCUGAAUCAGGAAGCCAGACAGGGGCAUCAUUAGGAGGAGGCUCUGCAUCAAAUGCCAUUUCAGGAAGCAACAUGGUUUCAUCACCCAUAACUGGAGAUGGAGGGGUAUCCACAACUAUUUCUGGAGGCAGCACAGGACACUUGAUGGGAACGUCUUCAAAUAACCCUGUAACAAACACUUCAUCAGGGUCUUCAACAGGAUCAUGGGUAGGAUCUUCAAUAGAAACUACUACUGGAGCGCCGACUACAUCUACGGGUUCUGGAAAUGUGGAUUCAUCUAGUUCCAGUGGACUCAAUGCAGCACACAACCAAGUCUCGAAUGCUGCUUCGGGGACCACCACAGGUGAAUCGAGUAUAGGACCAGCAGCAGGAGUACAAACCUCAGAAAUCGUCUUCCCUUCAGAAAGUGCCAGCUCGGCGAGUGCAGGGGCUUCAUCUGGAGCUGGUGGUGUUUCCGGAGGAAAUACCGGGAAUAGCUUUAACUUGGCAGGAGCUGGAGCGUCUUCUUCUGGAGCUGGAUUCUCACAUGGAGGUGGUUCAUACAGCGAGCUGGAGCAUCGUCUUCUGGAACUGGACUCUCCUAUGGGGGUGGUUCAUACAGUGCAAGUUCAGCACAAGCUGGAGCUACUAAUGGGUAUAACUCGGCGGGAUCUGGAGCAUCGUCUUCUGGAGCUGGACUCUCCUAUGGGGGUGGUUCAUACAGUGGAAGUUCAGCACAAGCUGGAGCUACUAAUGGGUAUAACUCGGCGGGAUCUGGAGCAUCGUCUUCUGGAACUGGACUCUCCUAUGGGGGUGGUUCAUACAGUGGAAGUUCAGCACAAGCUGGAGCUACUACUGGGUAUAACUCGGCGGGAGCUGGAGCAUGGGCUUCUGGGAAUGGAUUUUCUUAUGGAGGAUCUGGACUCUAUUGAGGGGGUGGAUAAUGCAGUGGAAGUUCAGAGCAAACUGGAGCUACUACCGGGAAUAACUUGGCGGGAGCUGAAUUAUAGUCUUCUGAAACUGGACUCUUUUAUAGGGAUGGUUCAUUAA